AUGAUAAAUCACACAGAAGUAAAAGAGUUUAUUCUUCUUGGACUGACAGAUGACCCCCAGUGGCAGAUUGUACUUUUCGUAUUUCUUCUUGUUACCUACCUGCUGAGUGUGACUGGGAACCUGAUUAUUAUCACCCUCACCCUCUCAGAUCCCCAUCUGCAGACACCAAUGUAUUUCUUCCUUAGGAACUUCUCCUUCCUAGAAAUCUCAUUUACCUCGGUCUGCAUUCCCAGAUUCCUUGUCACCAUUGUGACAGGGGACAGAACCAUUUCCUAUAAUGGGUGUGUGGCCCAGUUAUUUUUUUUCAUCUUCUUGGGGGUGACAGAAUUUUACCUGCUGGCAGCCAUGUCCUAUGACCGCUAUGUGGCCAUCUGCAAGCCGCUGCACUACACCACCAUCAUGAGCAGCAGAGUGUGCUUCCUUCUUGUGUUCAGCUCCUGGCUUGCAGGAUUCUUGAUCAUCUUUCCACCCAUAAUCCUGCUGCUGCAUUUGGAGUUCUGUGCCUCCAAUGUAAUUGAUCAUUUCAUCUGUGACUCUUCUCCAAUUCUGCAGCUUUCCUGCACAGACACUCACUUUCUAGAACUUAUGGCAUUUUUUUUAGCUGUGGUAACACUCAUGGUUACUUUAAGCCUGGUUAUUCUCUCUUAUACGUAUAUCAUACGCACAAUUCUGAAAAUUCCUUCCACAAAUCAAAGGAAAAAAGCCUUUUCCACGUGUUCCUCCCAUAUGAUAGUCGUCUCCCUCUCUUAUGGAAGCUGCAUCUUCAUGUACAUUAAGCCUUCUGCAAGGGAAAGAGUGACUUUAAGCAAAGGAGUAGCUGUGCUCAAUACUUCAGUGGCUCCUCUCUUGAAUCCUUUCAUCUAUACCCUGAGAAAUCAGCAGGUGAAGCAAGCCUUCAGGAAUAUGGUCCAAAAGAUUAUCUUUUCUUCAAAUAAGUGA